UUAUGCUGAGUAGUUUCCAGAUAGCUGUCAUGAAACAUUACCAAAUUGCAAGACCGUAAAGAUACGAAACAUUACUAGUUUAUGUAUGUUUACAACUUGUCUCUUGGGCUUUCAAAAUUGCCACAGAGAUUUAUAUGGACAGGUGACUUGAUCAUAAACAGACUGUACCACAAUGACGGUAGAUCUCAGUGAAUUAAAGAGAACCGAAUUUCCAGCAUGUGUGAAACAAGGGCUUCGAAAACUAGAGGAUAUUCUCCACAUGCCCAAUGUCUCCCAUCAACAGGACAUACAAUUGCAGAUCAUGGAUCACUUUAUUUUUUUCUGCCGAGAUUCUUCAUCUUCUAAGAUAAGAGCUGUGGGUCCUGUGGAGGAACUGGUGGUAGUAAGGGAGCUGGCCCAAUACCUUGGAAAAAUGGUUGAUGCUGCAUCUCGAAAUUCUCUCUUCAUUACUUUGUUUCAUCCAAGUACACAUGAUCCACGCACACAACAUAAGCUGCGGAUUUUGUCUGCCCUUGUGUCUUUAGCAAUUGCUACUCAUAAUGUUUCAGUCCUUGAUGCAACAGCUGUGUGGAUGCAGCAAGUGUGUUGCCUUAGUACAUGGAGUGGAGAGGUAUGUCGAGGGUUAGUUCAAGAUUAUUUUCAACUUACUCCAACAGCACCCCAACAUUUUGCUGGUGCAUUGAGAGCACUACCAACAAUGGCACCACUUUUUACAGCAAAUCUAAUAACAACACUUUCACAACUGUAUGCUAAAGUUGGCAGUGGCGAAGUAUGUGAACAGCCACCAGAUGCUCUCGUUAGUACAGUGGUGUGGUGGUUGCAGGGAAAUCAGGGUGCCCCUUCACAUUUAGCACUGGCACCAUUAACUAAUCCUUUACCUGGUGUAUCAUUGCCAAUGACUGCUGUGCCACCAAUUGCUCCUCUUAUGAAGUGGUGUGUUGAAUCGCCAUUCUUUGAUAAACCAACAGUCAUUUCUGCUCCUUUUGAAUCUCCUGCCAGAAGAUCAAGUUUUCCAAAGGUAAUGGAAGUUGAGGCCCUAUAUGAAAAGAACCCAGGAAAGGUACAAACUGAAUGUUCAGAUCAGUACUCAAAGCUUCACCUUUCUGUAAUUCAGACCUUACAGAGUGUUCCAUCUUUCAGAGAUCGUAUGACUCAAAAGCAGGUGUUGUGUCCAAAGCAUGUAACCAGUGUAGUUGAUGCCGUGUGUGAGAGAAUACGAACCUGUAAUGAGAAACAGAGUGAGGCAGUCAAUAUGUCCUUAGACAGAUUAGCUCAGACAAUCCUAGUUGCGCUUCAUACUGAAUGUCUGGCGGGUUCUCUAAGUGACAUGUGGGAUGCCUUACACCGUCUGCCAACCAAGAACCGCCUCAUCACCACUUUGCUUUCCACUAGAGAAGCCAGGUGACUGUGGGAGAUGCAGUGGACUAACAUCAAUAACACUUGAUAAAUAGCUGUUUUCAAAAAGCAUUAUAGCUUAUGGAAAGAAAUGUGUUUUUGGCAACUUCAGAACAGUUGGUCAGUGGCCAUAUUUUAAAUCCUGAAAGUUACCUUCAGCAAUCCAAAGAUGAAUAUCACACCACUAUUAUUAAAUAGAAUACAGAAGAGUUGAAAUGAAAUUAUUUUCCUAUCAAAUCAUGUAUAGAGUAAAACAGUUGAACAUACAUUAUGUAUUUGAUGUCUUCGGAUAGCAUGUUGGCGUGGAUAUUGUCCUCCUGACUACCAAAUGUUGCAAGGUACGAGCAGAAAAAUGCUGAAGUUGAAAACAUACACUUAUUUCAUGGAAAAACUCCCUAUGUUUCACAAAAAGAAGCUUUUGCCGCACAUACAGGUUUCAACACUGCCAUAAGUAGGUAUUCCAUAUUGCACAGUAGUUAUUUAUAUGCAGCCUUUGAAGUAUUAUUGCUGUCACUGAGUAACCAUGCCCCUGUUUUUUAUGAAGUUGACUUAUGUUUAUCCUUCUGGUCUCUUAGUGAUCCUUUUGAUAUUCUAGCUUCCUUUAAAAAUAAAUGAAAAUUAGUCUUCACUAUGUGAUACUGAGAAAAGUAGCAACAUGUCUACUUUUUUAAUAAGAAACUGUAGUAAUCUUUUUUUAAAUGGUCAGAUCUAUACCUACUCCAGGCUUCCUGCCUGUAGGCAAAAUAUAGUUUUCUUUACCAAAUGAUAAUUGAUACCAGUGCUGGCCUCGUGCCUUUUAACUCUGAAAUUUAGUUUUGAAGAUUGAGACUAGAUUGCUUUGAAAUUCCAAUAAAGUACUUGAUAAUGUACUGUAAAAUCUAUGAUUGACAAACUAGAAAACUGCGUAAACAUUAUUGUACCAUGUAUUGCAGGCAGAGUUUAAUACUUCCAGGCAUUCCAGAUUUCCAAAAGUACAGUGCUUAAAAUUGAUGGGAGGAGAUCUUGAACACCAGUUCAACUUUAAUAUGGAAAAUCAUCCAGUAUGGUGUGUAUGUGGACUGUUUGUAAGUACCUGUUUAGUUGUUUGUGAAUUGCUAUUCAAAGAAAAACUUUUCCUCCCAAAAAUAUUUUUGAUUUUACCAGGAUCCAGAAUUGAGCACACACCUGGAAGGGGAAAAAUAGUUCUCAAGUCUUACAUGGUGGGUUUAAUUUUUUCCUUUUAUAGCUAUUAGAUAUUGAAUAAUUUACUCAUUGUGAUCAUUGUUAUCAGACUCUUGAAUUCAGUAUUAAAUAAUCAGUGUAAUGGAAAGCAGUAGAAGUUUGUAAUGUCUAGUAUCAUAGUAAACUGUUCAUUUUGGAGCCUACUUUUGUAGAGUAUUGUAUUAAGGUAGUUCACGAAAUGAGUUACUUCCAUAAGUAUUGUUGACCUCUCUUUACAUUGAAAAAUUGUAAAUCUUGUCUCAUACUUGGUUAUAAAAACUUAGUUUUGUGUAGUUUGAAGGGAGCUUCAGUCUUCUGGAUAAGGAAAGUUGUAGGAAUAGAUGAUAAAUGUUAAAAAUUAAUAGAUAAAUUUAUUUGUACUAAUCUGUAAGUCUAUAUUGUAUAUUGGUGCCCUCUAUUUUUCAUCUGAAAAAAUAUGUAAAAGGUUGUAAUUCUCUGCUUAGAUUUGUUUGAACUUCAGAUCAUUGAUGGAAAUUGGGAAAUUUGUGGGGAUACAGCAUAUACAUACCUAGUUCUCAUUUUCAAGGUUUUUGUAAGGAUUAGUCUUGUUAUUUUUGGGGGGGAUAUUCACUAUAAACUACCCUUGUUAUUUUUAUAUCUAUAAAAAUUUAGUUGUUCAUAUUUCAUAACAUUGCCUGCUUAAAAUAGAAUAAUUUAUAAAAUGUGGAAUAUUAUUCUGAUUAGACCAUUGGAAUUUGCAAUGUAUGGGUUGAGCAUAGCCAAAGGGAAAGUAUGGCUUAUAGUAUGAAAAAACUUGCUAAUGAUAGGAGAAUUUUGUCAUAAAAACUAAAUUACUUUUCUCUUUAGAAAUGGGCAAGUUGUAAUAUUUUAUUUUUAUUUAGUGCUACUGUUAUGGUGAUGAUAUACUGCAUGUCUGGUAACCAACAAAUGAACUGUUCUUCAAUAAUGUU